AUGGGCGACACCAAACCUGCGCUCAUGCGCCUCAAGAUAGCCGAUCUCCGCGCGCGAUGCGCUGAGAGCGGGCUCGACGAGGACGGAACCAAGGCAGAUCUCGUCGAGCGAUUGUUGUCUGGCACCGCGGAGCACGCCCGGGCAAAGGAAUCAGCCGAGAAGUCGGUCGUUGCGAACGAAGAAACCCUCACGGAGGCGGCGAAGGAGGCGUGCGAGAGCGAACCGUCGUCGCCGACGGACGUGGACGUCGUCGUGGGCGAUCACGACGAGCUAUUGGAGCACUUGCGGGAGAAUCCGAGCGACGGCGCGGGUUGGGAGCGGUGCGCGCGAAUCGCUCGAGCGAUGACCAUCCCGAGCGCGCGACCGCUGUUCGACGCGAUCACGGAGCAGUUUCCUAGGUCUUCUCUGGCGUGGUGCUGGUACGUGGACGCGGAGAUCGAGAGGAGCGAAAGCGGGACGCCGGACGACGAGGCGAUCAGAGGGAUCUUUGGCAAGUGUUUGAUUCCGUGCCCAAGCGCGCUGCUUUGGCGGCGGUACGCGUCGUACAUGGCGAGCACGCAGGACGUGACGACGGAAGAGGGGGUGAAUACGAUGAAAUCGGUGUACGAAUACUCGAUAGACAUCGUCGGUGAGGACGCAGAUGCGGCGGACUUGUGGUUGGACUACUGUCAGUUCUUGCGGAAUACGGAGGCGACGCUGAUCGUGACGGACGUCCAGGUGGAGCAAGCGCCGAGCGCUCGAGAUAUGAUCGUUCGACGAACAUAUCAAAAGGCGAUCUUGGUGCCGAUGCACAAAUUAGAUAUGGUUUACAAGUCGUACGAGGCAUUUGAGCAAGAGAAGAACAAGACGCUUGCAAAAGCGCUCUUGCUAGAACUAGCACCCAAGUUGUUGCUCACGCGAACGGCGCUCGGGAAGAGAAAGAAGGUAAUCGAUGGUGUGGUUGUGGGCGCGGUGUGCGUCGAUCCCGUCCAACGUGGUGCGGAUGGCUCGGCAUCCGUGGUGUGCCCGAGGUUCAACGCGUCUGGCUGCGCGGGUUGUGAUUGCGUACACGAGUGCAAGUACUGCGGUUCGUCCUUGCACGGAGCGAAAGAUUGCGCGACGAAGCAAUACACCUUACUUGCCCCCGAUCUCAAACAAUGUGCGGCGAAGUGGGCGGAGGUUAUUGAGUUUGAAAAAACAAACGCGCAGAGGCUCGAAGGCUCGACGCCAAGCGACGGGUCACCCCAGCUCUUCGCCCGCAUAAAGCACGCGUAUGAACUAGCAGGGCUAUCGCUGGGCGAGACACCCGAGUUUUGGCUCGAGUACGCGCACUGGCACGAGGUAGAGGGUCGCACGGAUGAUGCGGCGGAUGUACUUCAGCGAGGAAGAGAAGCUCUACCGUACUGUACUCUUCUCGUUUUCGCUGCCGCCGAUCUCGAGGAGACUCGAGGCGACGUCGAUGCGUGCAAGAAGGUGUACGAGACUGUGUUGGACGCGUACGAGUCGUACGCCACUGAGGCUGCAGAGCGCGGUGAGGAAGUGACGAUGCCUGCGGACACCAUCCUCGCGUACUGCGAGUACAUUCGCGCCUGUCGACGCGCCGAGGACCAGGCGUCGAGUCGUAAGGCUUUCAUGCGAGCGCGCAAGGCUCACGGGGCGACGUGGGAAAUCUAUGCCACCGCGGCCACGAUCGAGUGGAGCUACGAUAAGGCUGAUAAGCCGGCGAGAAAUAUCUUUGAGCUCGGACUGAAGAAUUUCUUAAGCGUACCGGCGUACGUCGAGAGAUACGCGGAGUUCCUCAUCGGAAUCAACGACAUCGCGAACGUGCGCGCGCUGUUCGGACGUGCGCUGAGUGAGUCGCCUUCAACGAAGAUUUGGGACAUGUUUGUUGAUUUCGAGCGCUCUCACGGAACCAUGGACACUAUUUUAGACGCCGAGUCGCGCCGCAAUGCCGCGUGCGGUGCGAUGGAUUUGAAGACAAAUCUUCUCAACGCACUCCUGGGACGACAUAUGUGCAUGGACAUCCGAGCCGCCAGCGCAGAAUACUGCGAUUACUUUGCUUCGCUCGGCGCCGUGGUUCCAAUGAACAAGGCGGAGGCGUCUCGAGUGUCGUUCGCGUCGCUUCGCGCGGAGCGUCUCGCGAGAGAGGCCAUGAUAGCCGCCGUGCCAGCGCCGUCCGCUCCGAAGGGUACACCCAAGAGAAAACCGCCGCCACCGCCACCGGUGGAGAAAACCAAGCUCACAGGCCAACUCGGGAAAUUCUUCUCUAGCCUUCCCGGCCCCGUCGCCUUCUCCAAGUUUCCUCCGCCUCGCGUGGACGCCGUUCUGGACGCCAUAAAGCGAACCGAUCUGAGCGAGGAAGCAAUCGCGGGCUAUCUCAGUAAGAUGGGUUACCAAGGUGGGGAGAAGCGCAAGGCUAUAGAGCUCAUCGACGAUCCGGCGUUGACGGCGUCUCGAGCCGCGGCGAGCGCCAGACCGCCCGCAAAGGACGUCUUCAGAAGUCGCCAGGGUAAGAUGGCGCGCGCUCAGGCGGAGUAUCAAUAG